AUGGCGGACGAAGUGUUGCUUCAUCGCUUUACUUCACAUAGCCUCGAUAAAUUCGCCGAGAUUGAAGAACUUGCAUCCGAAAUAUUGUCAGAUAGAGAGCAGAUUGUAGAGCUUGAUCGAAAAAGAAACAGCAAUCGAGAAGCACUUAGAGCUCUUAAAAAGAAAAGCCAAGGUGAAAAGUCGUGGGUUUGUUUUGGGAACACGUUUAUGAAGCUCAGUGACUCAAAGACAAAGGAAAUGCUUGAACAAGAUCAGAAAAAUGUUAAUGAAGAACUAGAAAACCUUAGAAAGGAGCUCAAACCUAAAGUGGCCAAACUUCAUGAGCUUGAAGGUUUACCAGAAGUCAAAGGCUUUAAUCUAUCAUCCAUGGGUAGCGAUGAAAUGGAGUUUAUUGCAGGGGUAAAAUAAUAAAAAUGAUCAGCACUUAUAAUUUUCCAGAGGAUUUCAAUUGUUYAUCAAGUUCUUUGUCAUCUUUUUGCUGAGGAAAACAACACCAGAAAAUGAUACUCCAUCAACUGCUCCAACUUCCAUCAAAAUUUCCAUGUCAAAGAAGGGAAGGUUUAUGUUAGCAUUCAGAGGUUGAGGAGAAAACUGGGACGAGUACUCAUACCAGUGCAUUUUGGGGUAGCUUUUAAAGAUAAAGAAAUAGACACUAUGUCCUCUAAUGUCCAAAAUGCACUUCAAUGCCAACUCAACCCAGUUUUUUCUGUUAAUGGCUAAUAUUUAACAUGUUAUAAAAAAAUAUAUAAAAUGUGUGUGCUUGCUGUGUGCAGUCAUAAAGCACCUGGGGGUUGGCAGAACAUGAGAGAUGCUUCUAGACCCUUCUCAAGUGUUCUUCCAAUCUUUAGGGCUCCUGUUGAUAACAGUAAAUUUAUUGUAUUUUACUGAUAGGAUAACCCUGUUUAAAUAAAAGUAUCUAUCUAUAAUCCCCAAGUGCUUUAAAUAUAGCUCCACACAGCACACAGCAAGCAAAUUUUUUUUUCUUUUAUAAAAUACAAAUUACAAUAACCAUUAUUUUAGAUAGGAAUGAUGCAGCUAAAAGUGCGUGCACAUGCUGCGUGGUCUCAUAAAGCACACACUCCCAACCAAUCAGAACGUGACAUAAUAAAUGUUGUAGUCAAAUACAGUAUGUAUCACUAAAGGCUGUCAGUACAAAUUAUUUGACAAAAUUUUUCACUGUUUACCCUUUCAUCUGCAAUUUGUGCACGAUAAGGAUCUUCCUGAAAUAGAAAUAUAAAAUAUUAGUAUUGAUAAGUCGUUUUCUUAAAUUCUAAAAACUGUUUUAAAUAAAAGCUUACACACUGAUGCUUUGAAAAGUUUAUCAUAAAUUUAAGAUGAUAGGUCUCAAGAUCUAAUYACCUUUCUCCAAUCCAUGAUGUCUUUUAGUUUUCGAAAGAGAAAAAUCCCUUUUCCUUGUGAUUUGGCGAUCUGAGAAGGUAUGAAAAAAAUUUACAAUACGAAAUUUCGAAAAAUUGAAGGAUGAAUGAAUGAAUGAAUGGAAAAGAGAUAGAAAAACAGACAGACGAAAAGAUAGAUUAUUUCAUGGAAAAUUGGAUAGACAAAUUGAUUGAUUGAUACUCUGGAUGGGUAGGUAGACUGAUGGUUAGGUGGAUGGGUGGACAAAUGAAURGAUGGGUUGGUAGAUAGGAUUAGAAAUUGGGGCAGCGAUGGUCUAGCACAUAUUUGGACGGAUGGAUGGUGUUGGAGAGUUGAAUAGGUAGAGUUAGGUACUGAGGGUUAGGUGGAUGGGUACACAAAAUGAUUGAUAGGUCGGUAGAUAAAAUUAGAAAAGGGGCAUUGAUGGUAUAAAAUAAGGAUAGAUAGAUGGAGGAAGAAAGAUGGACGGGAAGAUAGAAUCAUGGUUGGGUGCAAGUGGAUGGGUCAAGAAAUGGAUGGAUGGUUGGGUAGAUAGAUUAGUGGCAGUCAUGGCUGGUCUAUUGGAUAAAUGGACAAGUGGAUGGGCCGGGGAUGGAGAGUUGGAUGGAUCUAGACUAAUUGAUAGCACAGAUAAAUACAUAACAUAGCUGAUAUCAAAUGAUGAAUGGAUAAAUGAAUCGUUUUUUAAAAUGGGAUUUAAAACUUUUCUAAACACUUACAGGCUUCAUAAUCCAUGUAGUACCAGGAUUUCUCUUAAAUUCUUCAACAAAUAUAUGAUAUUCCAUCUAGGAGCAAAUCAAUAAAUGAAUAUCAUUGUCA